AUGACUCGCUCUCACAAGUGGACUGACCGUGACCAUGCCGGCAUUGCCGAUGGCAGUGCUGAGCGUGAGUCGAGGCUGCCUCGUUACUUCGCCAAGUCAGGCCAUGCUGACACGGAUCCCACCAAGACUAAGAAGGACGGCAGUGGAAAAGGCAAUUGGGGCCGGGACGGCGACGAAGUCGAAGACAUGCCAUACAACAUGAACAACGCGCGCCGCCGCAGCAACUCAUCGACGAAUCAGCUCAAGGACUUCAAGACCAAGUUCGAGACCGUCGAGACCGAGCCCGUCUUCGAGGAAGAGCUCCACGGCGCCAUUGGUGAGGAGCUCGAGAAGCAGAGUACCACCUCCAGUUCCAACAAGAGCAUCGACGAGGAGGAUGGUGAGAGGAAGUUGUAG